CACGAAGUUAAUAAUGGAAGCACCUAGCCAACCACAGAAUACUGCCUCUGUUACUGAAACACGUGUGAUCACCGUCUGUGAGAGUGAAUUGCUGGAAACAGGUCGUCUCAAGAAACACUGUGUUGCUGACACGCUGGAAACAGGUGAUCUCCGGCAACACAAAGAUCGUGGUGGUCCUUCAAAGCGAUCACAGUGUGGAAAGUGUGGGGCAACAUUUAUAAAAACAGGUGCCACGAAAAGGCACAUGCUUUGUCACAGUGAAGUCAAGCUUCAUCAGUGUGAUGAAUGUGGGAAAGGAUUUACUCAGUUAUGCAGCCUGAAGGCACACAUGUGGAUUCACAGUGAAAUCAAGCCUUAUCAGUGCACUGUGUGUGAAAAAACUUUUACACUAUCAGGUGCCCUGCAGAGACACAUGCGAAUUCACACUGGAAUCAAGCCGUAUCAGUGUGUUGAAUGUGGGAAAAGAUUUACACAGUCAGGUAACCUGCAGUCCCACAUGAGGAUUCACAGUGGAAUGAAGCCGUAUCAGUGUGUUGAAUGUGGGAAAGGAUUUAAACAUUCACAUCAGCUGCAGUCACAUAUGAGGAUUCACAGUGGAAUCAAGCCGUAUCAGUGUGUUGAAUGUGGGAAAGGAUUUACACAAUCAUGUAACCUGCAGACCCACAUGAGGAUUCACAGUGGAAUCAAGCCUUAUCAGUGCAUUGUGUGUGAAAAAACAUUUACACUAUCAGGUGCCCUGCAGAGACACAUGCGAAUUCACACUGGAAUCAAGCCGUAUCAGUGUGUUGAAUGUGGGAAACGAUUUACACAUUCAAGUAGCCUGCAGUCACACAUGAGGGUUCACAGUGGAAUCAAGCCGUAUCAGUGUGUUGAAUGUGGGAAAGGAUUUACACAAUCAGGUAACCUGCAGUCACACAUGAAGAUUCACAGUGGAAUCAAGCCGUAUCAGUGUGUUGAAUGUAGGAAAGGAUUUACACAGGCAGGUAGCCUGAAGUCACACAUGAGGAUUCACAGUGGAAUCAAGCCGUAUCAGUGUGUUGAAUGUGGGAAAGGAUUUACACAGGCAGGUAACCUGCAGAGACACAUGAGGGUUCACAGUGGAAUCAAGCCGUAUCGGUAUAUUGAAUUGUCUGGAUUUGAACACGAUAACACGAAGUUAAUAAUGGAAGCACCUAGCCAACCACAGAAUACUGCCUCUGUUACUGAAACACGUGUGAUCACCGUCUGUGAGAGUGAAUUGCUGGAAACAGGUCGUCUCAAGAAACACUGUGUUGCUGACACGCUGGAAACAGGUGAUCUCCGGCAACACAAAGAUCGUGGUGGUCGUUCAAAGCGAUCACAGUGUGGAAAGUGUGGGGCAACAUUUAUUAAAUCAGGUGCCACGAAAAGGCACAUGCUUUGUCACAGUGAAGUCAAGCUUCAUCAGUGUGAUGAAUGUGGGAAAGGAUUUACUCAGUUAUGCAGCCUGAAGGCACACAUGUGGAUUCACAGUGAAAUCAAGCCUUAUCAGUGCACUGUGUGUGAAAAAACAUUUACACUAUCAGGUGCCCUGCAGAGACACAUGCGAAUUCACACUGGAAUCAAGCCGUAUCAGUGUGUUGAAUGUGGGAAAAGAUUUACACAGUCAGGUAACCUGCAGUCCCACAUGAGGAUUCACAGUGGAAUGAAGCCGUAUCAGUGUGUUGAAUGUGGGAAAGGAUUUAAACAUUCACAUCAGCUGCAGUCACAUAUGAGGAUUCACAGUGGAAUCAAGCCGUAUCAGUGUGUUGAAUGUGGGAAAGGAUUUACACAAUCAGGUAACCUGCAGACCCACAUGAGGGUUCAUAGUGGAAUCAAGCCUUAUCAGUGCAUUGUGUGUGAAAAAACAUUUACACUAUCAGAUGCCCUGCAGAGACACAUGCGAAUUCACAGUGGAAUCAAGCCGUAUCAGUGUGUUGAAUGUGGGAAACGAUUUACACAUUCAGGUAGCCUGCAGUCACACAUGAGGGUUCACAGUGGAAUCAAGCCGUAUCAGUGUGUUGAAUGUGGGAAAGGAUUUACACAAUCAGGUAACCUGCAGUCACACAUGAAGAUUCACAGUGGAAUCAAGCCGUAUCAGUGUGUUGAAUGUGGGAAAGGAUUUACACAGGCAGGUAGCCUGAAGUCACACAUGAGGAUUCACAGUGGAAUCAAGCCGUAUCAGUGUGUUGAAUGUGGGAAAGGAUUUACACAGGCAGGUAACCUGCAGAGACACAUGAGGGUUCACAGUGGAAUCAAGCCGUAUCGGUAUAUUGAAUUGUCUGGAUUGUAAUCUCAUAAGUGAAUGAAUGUGCAUAACAACUGAUAAAUGAUAAAUCAACAGACGUGUAAUCCGGUAAUCCUUUAAUCCAUGCAUGGGCUACUGACACCUCGAGAUUGGUGUAUUCCAUCUGCUCUACAUAACUACAGAUAUAGUGGGGUCAAGAUUAGACUUUCUCCAUUUAUAUACAAAUUAUUAUCAUUUGAAAAUAAAUAUCUCCAAGAAGGUGGGUAGCUCAGAUGUUUAUGCUCAUCCAUCAUCAAGACACAUUAUUAUUAUUCAAAAUCUUUCA